AUGGGCGGCAGCGCGUUUCUCAGCGCCUCUGCCGAAGGCCAUCCAACACUGCACACCCCUCGAAUGACUCCGGACGUUUAUGCGGCGAGAAAGACGCAAUACACUGCUGCCCUGCAGAGCUACUUCCCCGAGUGCCACGUAGUCGCGCUCAAAGAAGCGCCCGAGAAGUCUGAUUACGGAGAUGUCGAUUUCAUGGUUUGCACAGAUCGCAGUUUAGAUCUGAAAAAUCUCGCCACCUUUCUCGGAGCUGCAGGCGUCAUUGAUGGCGGACCUGGUCGCUGCUCGAUUGCUGUGCCUCAAGACGGCUCAAAGAGUUGCCAUCCACCUGUUACCUACAAAGCUGCAGGAGGGCCAGGCCGCAAGGGGAAGCCUUCAACCGACAAGAACUAUGCUCAGAUCGAUAUUGAGCUCGUGCAUCCUUCGAUGUUCAAGUGGUAUUCCUUCUUUGCAUCCUAUGGCGACCUCGCUGGCCUGCUUGGUGCAAUCAUGCACAACAUCGGCUUCACGGUGAGCGAUAGAGGUCUAUUCCUACGCUUUGAGGAGCUUGACGAAGCGAAGCAGAUGCAGGGUAUCAGAGUAAGCAAGGAAGAAUGUCUACUCCUCUUGUCGAACGAGCCAGAGGAGGUGAUGAGGUUCUUGGGAGUGUCGCCUGAAAAAUAUGAGGCUGGCUUUGCGACGAUAGAUGCCUUCUAUACGUGGCUUGCCGAGUCUCGCCUCGUGACCGCUGACUUCCACAUCCAGUCGAAGCGCAAAAACACCUCCAAACAGCGUCAAAAAGACCGAAAGCGACCGAUGAUAGGCAACUUCUUCGACGAAUUCCUUCCAGCCUAUUUGAACCUCGACACUCACCACGACAGCACAAAUACAACGGCAGAAGAUGCGGUUCCAUGGUCAUCACCCGCAAUGAAGAAACUGCGCGAGAAAUAUGCAGAAGAAGCGCUCCAAUUCUUCGACAAGAGCGAUGCAUACGAGAUCCAACACAACACCCUCGUGGGCUGGCUACGAAGUCAGAAGGCCGAACAGCUGAUCAAACCCAUCGUCGCCGAAGUCAGUGGCAAGAAAGAAAGGAAACUAGCAGAAGUGGUGCGAGCAUUCCGAAGACGUGUCAGGUUCGGUGCAGACGAAAAGCCAUACAUCGCAGAGGUCGCGCACUCCGAUCAAGAAUCAGAACUGCGGCGCUGGCUGGACAGUGCGGACUCUCUGAAAGAUGUUGAGGCUGUGAGAGCAUGGAUAGAGGCGCACUGGGAAGAGCUUAAGGAGCUCGAAAGGCGUGAGGAAAUUCAUCCAUCUCAAGGCCCAGACAUGAAGUCGAAGGACAAGUGGCUUCGCGAAUAG